AUUAUCGGUUAUUGCUGGUGUUAAUCGCCCAUGAUUUUAUUAAGAGCGGCUGAAUUCUUUACUGCCGUGCCAUGAAUAUUUGCUGUUGACUGUUCUGUGUGACUGAAAAGAAUGCCCUGAAAGCACCCGACAGCACAUCUCAGAUAGAAGCGCCUCGGAGUGGAAUUCAGCAGGAGCUGCGGCGCUGUGUUUGCAGUCGGGAGAGACCCCGGGGCCGGUGCAGCCGCUGAGCCCCGCCCAAAGCCGGGCCCCCUUGAGCGCGGCCAUCCGGCGGCUGCAGUGGCGCGGCGGCGCCUCCGGGUGUCGCUGUUGGCCGCCGCCGAGCGGCGCUGGAGCCGCCGCCGCCGCCGCCGCAGCGUCCUGCCCCCGCAGGCUGCUCGCUCGCCCGGCGCCGGCCACAGCGGCAGCGGCACCGCCAACAGCAGCAGCAGCAGCGGCGGCGAGAGGCGGAGAGAGGCGGCGCGCCGAGCUCGCUGCGUUUGAGCGGUCUCUGUUGUCGCCGGCGAGAGCGGCUGGAAGGGAGGCAGGGCAGCGGCAGGAGGCAGGAGCGCGGCGAGCGCUGCGGGCAGAGAAUGGCGGUGAGGCGGCGGCAGAGGCGCGGGCCGGGCGGCGGGCGAGCGCUGCUGGCCGCGGUGCUGCUGUGCGUGUGGGGCCGGGCGGCGGCCGAGCGGGUCCGCUACGCCAUCCCCGAGGAGCUGGGCAGAGGCUCGCUCGUGGGGCCGCUGGCGCGGGACCUGGGGCUCAGCGCGGACGAGCUGCCGGCGCGCAAGCUGCGGCUGAGCGAGGAGAAGCAAUACUUCACGGUGAACGAGGAGAACGGGAACCUGUACGUGAAUGAGAGGCUGGACCGGGAGGAGAUGUGCGGCGAGUCGGCGACCUGCUCGGUCAGCUUCGAGGCGCUGGUGCACAACCCGCUGAACGUCUUCCGCGUGGAGGUGGAUAUCCAGGACGUGAACGACAACGCGCCGCGCUUUCUUAAGGAAAAGAUCCACUUCGAAAUUAUUGAGUCUACACCUCCUGGCGCCCGAUUUUCCGUGGAUGUGGCCGAGGACGCAGACGUGGGCAGUAACUCGCUGCAGGGCUAUCAGCUAGAGACCAAUGGGUUUUUCGCGGUGGAGGUGAAGGAGAACCAGGACGGCAGCAAGUUCGCGGAGCUGGUGCUGCGCCGCGCGCUGGAUCGAGAGAGCGAGAAUAGUCUGCGUCUGCUGCUGACUGCGCUGGACGGCGGAGACCCGCCCCGGACUGGCACCGCCCAGCUCUGGAUCAACGUCACCGACGCUAAUGACAACCCACCCGUGUUCGCGCAGGAUCGGUACCGCGUCAGCCUGCGUGAGGACACGCCUCCGGGAUCAACGGUGCUGAACAUCUCUGCCUCCGAUGCUGAUGCCGGCACCAAUGCCCACAUCACUUACGGCUUCGGGAAAACGCCGGCCAAGGUGCUUCAGAAGUUCGUGGUAGAUGCAGAGAGCGGGACGAUCAGUCUGCAGGAGAAGCUGGAUUUUGAGGACACGCGAGGCUACAUGUUGCUGUUGGAGGCGAGGGACGGUGGAGGUUUGGUGGCGCACUGCAAGGUGGAGGUGGAGGUGCUGGACGUCAAUGACAACGCGCCCGAAAUCACGAUUCUGUCACUGUCAAGCCCGGUGCCCGAAGACUCGCCGGCUGGCACGGUGAUAGCCCUGCUAAAAGUGCGGGACAGAGACUCGGGCGAGAACGGUCAGGUGUCGUGCGAGCUGUCGGGAGAGGCGCCGCUGUCGAUCGUGGCGUCGUCGGGCGGCUCGUACAAGGUGGUGACGGCGAGCGCGCUGGACCGCGAGCAGGCGUCCGAGCACCGCGUGACGGUGGUGGCCCGGGACCGGGGCAGGCCGGCGCUGUGGAGCAGCACGGAGCUGGUGCUGGAGGUGUCGGACGUGAACGACAACGCGCCGGUGUUCGAGGAGGCGGCGUACAGCGCGUACGUGGCGGAGAACAACGCGGCGGGCGCGCUGGUGCUGCGCGUGCAGGCGCGGGACGCGGACGCGGGCGCCAACGGGCGCGUGAGCUACUGGCUGGCGGGCGGCAGCGCGGGCGCGGCGGGCGCGGCGCCGCUCGUGUCGGUGGAGGCGCGGAGCGGCGCGCUGUACGCGCAGCGCUCCCUGGACUACGAGCAGUGCCGCGAGUUCACGGUGGCCGUGCGGGCGCAGGACGGCGGCUCGCCGGCGCGCAGCUCCACGGCCACGGUGCGCGUCUUCGUGCUGGACCGCAACGACAACGCGCCCCGGGUGCUGUGGCCGGCAGCGGCGGGAGGCGGAGCCGCUGCGGCGCCGGGAGAGGCUCCGGGAGCGGCGGCGACUCCUUUCGAGGUGGUUCCGCGUUCGGCCGAGGCCGGGUACCUGGUGGCCAAGGUGGUGGCGGUGGACGCGGACGCGGGGCGCAACGCGUGGCUGUCCUACGAGCUGGUGCCGGCGUCGGAGCCGGCGCUGUUCCGCGUGGGGCUGCACAGCGGCGAGGUGCGCACGGCGCGCGCCGUGUCCGAGCGGGACGCGGCCAAGCAGCGCGUGGUGGCCGUGGUGAAGGACCACGGGCAGCCGGCGCUCUCGGCCACGGCCACGCUGCACGUGGUGCUGGCCGAGAGCUUGCAGGAGGCGCUGCCGGAGCUGAGCGACAGAGACGCUGUGUCCCACCUGACGUCUGAUCUGAACCUCAUUCUUGUUGUGUCGCUCUCCGUGGUGUCCUUAUUAUUUGUUUCCACGGUAAUUUUUGUUUUUUUCUUUAAAUUUCGACAGUCCAGGAGCCCUCCCAUAUUUAUAACUUCUGAUAAGGAACUGUAUUCCACCUUGGGUUCAAAAGCACCGUACAACUACUGUAGCAGCACGCUACCCUUGCCCUAUUCCUACGACGUGUGUUUAGCUUCCGAGUCGGGGCAGAAGGACUUCACGUUCCUGAGACCAGGGGCGGCAGUCUUGUCUGCUGGUCUCCUGUCCGCUGAUCCCGGCUCAGGCACUCGUUCUGAGAAGGACCCUCCUAGCCCUGGGAGCUCGGCACAGCAAGCUCAGCCUAACACAGAUUGGCGCUUCUCUCAGACCCAGAGACCUGGAACAAGUGGCUCUCAGAAUGGAGAGGAAGCUGGAGCCUGGCCCAACAACCAGUUUGACACGGAGAUGCUCCAAGCCAUGAUCCUGGCUUCAGCCAAUGCUGCUGAUGGUAACUCGACCCUGGGCGGCGGCAAUGGCACGAUGGGGCUGAGCGCUCGCUACGGCCCCCAGUUCACCCUGCAGCACGUCCCCGACUACCGGCAGAACGUCUACAUCCCGGGCAGCAACGCCACCCUCACCAACGCCGCCGGCAAGCGCGACGCCAAGAACGCCGCCCCCGCCGGAGGCAACAAGAAGAAAUCCGGGAAGAAGGAGAAGAAGUAGUGAAGAAGAAAAAGGAGACCUUAGAGCUACAGGGCAGCCGGCUCCAGCACUCCCCCAAAACCACAGCCCAGGCCGGAGGACGAAUGUGAAUUUUUUUUGUGGUGCAAAAGUAGGAAAUGCUGCGAAUGUAUCUCGUCAUCAUCAGAGCUGAGAGCAGGGGCUCACUGCUCUCAGGUCUCAUGAUGAAAACCAAUCCGGAAUCUAAACCGAACGCAAACAAGUGCCCUGUGAAUAAUGUUUUAUACAAUCCCUCGGGUAUUAGAAUAUGCAAGGGCAGAAGGUCUUUUGCCACGUCUUUGGAUCCAAUUUGCUCCCAGGCAGUCCAAGAAAGGCACAAGGCUUGUGCUCAGCUUUGCCCAGUGUAAAUAAUUUUAAUGUGGAUCUUUUAAUUUAUAGCCCUUCAGCUGUUUUUUGGAAAGGAAAAGGAAGUUCUUAGCUUAGAGCCCAUGCUCCAGUUCUUUGCUGUUAAAUUUUCCAUUCGUAAAAUUCACCCCCAGCCAAUGAUAGCGAUGGAUUUUGGAAUUUGGAAGUUGGUAGGGAGUGCUUCAGUUCCUGCUUACCUGUCAUCUGAAAAAAAAAAAAAAAAGUGUUUAUAUUGCAUGAGUCAAAGGGAAUAUGGCAAAGCUGCAUCCUAAGCAUUUUUUAAUUUUUUUUUUUAAGUGUAACCACUAAUGGCCUGAAAUAUGAUAAGGAAAAAGCCCUCCAGCUGUGUGAGAGUCAGGGAAUUCCAUGAGGAGCAUGCCGAGGUGUGCGGCAGCUGCCCCGGCAGUUCUAGGGGUCUCCGAAGAGCAGACACAUCUCAAUCCUUCUUUGCAGUAAAUAUUUAUAUGUACAGUCGAUGUUCUUAUGGAAUUAAGGCUAAGAGAGCCUCGCUCCCCCGCGGCCAGGCCUGGCCAGGUCCCUGCCCAGGGGACACGGGGACGACGCUUCACUGUCUGCACACGGUGUCUGCAUGCACGUCCCUCACCUCACACCUGCACUAGCGCAGUAGCUCCACGGACCCGCACAGUCCUCGCAUGCCCACGUGGUGUGAACGCGCCGGCAGCCGCCCGGGCUGCCCUGGGGAAGGGGUGGGAGGGGGUGGGAUGGCUCAGGUGGGGUGGGGAAACUCAUUAUUGCUUCUAGUUCGGGCCCCAAAGGUUGUUUGGGGUGGUCGGGCGGUUCCGGGGGUCUCGCCCAAAGGGUGGAUCCGCGGAGCUGCCGGUGCAUGGCUUUGGUGCAGAGUUGGUGGCUGAGUAAGUGAUGGUUGUUUCGGUGGCGUUUGGGGACCAGAUCCAGACAAGGGACCCAAGAGCCGGGGGUGACGCUGCAAAAUGGGGGGCAGUGAUUGGGGGAGUGACACACGGGACCGUGCGGGGCCAGCCUGGAGGAGGAGGUGAUGCUCCCGCUGGCUUUGGGCUUUGUACCUGCGGGGAGAAUGGAAGGAUGAGGAUUAGAGUUUCUCCAUGUGCUCAUCACCAAAGCACCAGGCCAGCUUCCCAUAGCAAAGCAGCUCUGAGCCCCCGGGAGAGGCAGCUUGGGGCUUUGUGUAGCCAGAGCCAGGAGAGGAGCUGUGGGGUGGCCCGGAAAGGGACACACCGAGUUUCCCAGGGGGGUGUGUGUUGUUUUUUUCCUUUUUUAAUCACUAACACGUAACUCACCUGAGCAGAUCCAGCCCUUUCAGCCAGGCUCUCCCCACCCCUGCCCCCUCCCCAAACCAGGGCAGCAGGAGCAUCCUCCGUGUUUCAUCGGGAUCAAGCCACCUCCGUUGCUGGCUGCACUGGGAGCGGUUCCCACCCUGUCCCCUGCAGCUGCCACCUGCCCCCCUCCUAGAAAUGCUGUAGCUGAAUCGUAGUCUUUAUAUUUUCUUUUUAAUCUGCAAUCUGAGGUAGCGUAGUGAGUGUCGUGUAUUUAGUGACGUGUUAUUUUUAAUUGCAGUAACUAACUUGUGGACAUCAGUAUUUUCAAUUUUCUCUGUAUCUUCUUUCCAUGUGGUCUGUGCUCCGAGUGUGCGUGAAAUGAAACACGUUUGCCCUUUCAAUGUGUCUAAUAUUGAAUUAUACUUAUAUAUUAUAUAUAUGCUUAUAUCCUUCUUAUACCCAUAUAGACCAAUGUCGAUGUGUUACACGCAAGUUUUAUACUCUAAUAUUUAUAUUGCUUUUUUUCUUUGGGAAAAAAAAAUAAUAAAAUGGUUUCUUCUGAA